GUCUCCGCCGAGGGCACCGAGCCGAGAGGAGGCGAACGGACGCACUCGAGGGAAGCCUGUCAAGGGAGCAGGCUGGGGAGGAGUAACUGUCACGAGACGAUUUUUCACCGAGGAUCCGGGAGCUAGGGAGGAUGAGGUUGAUUUUGGUGAUUUGUGCUUUAUCUUCGGCGUGGGUCGUCAACGGCCAGCUGUUGAGAUAUGAAGGGAAGAUACAUUUUGGUGCAGAUGGGCAUGACCAACAGCCCCAUGGCAAGAUACUACUUGGUGGAGAUGGACACGAUCAGCAACCCCAUGGCCAGAAACCUCUUGGGGUAGAUGGUCAUGAUCAAAGAUCCCAUAGCCAG